GCAUAAUAAUAUGAUAAUAUAGCAAUAGCAAUACUGUAAGCCAGGCAGGUACUUUUUUCGAGAUUGAUAUUCCAUGACCUUGUCCACUUUUUUUUACGGGCUUCAGUUCUUACCCACUCAUUCAUUAACUGCGCAAGCUGCAAACUCUCCACCGGAAAAUCAAAUUGCGAAGCGAGUGCCCAACACUGAGAGUAUACUCACACUAAAACUUCCUUCGAGGGGAUACUCACACUAGAACUUCCUUCGAGGGGAUACUCACACUAGAACUUCCUUCGGCGUAGAUGACCCCAAGUAUGGGGGGGCAAGGGGGUGGUCGCCACGAUCAUCCGCGGGAGUGAUAGAGUGAAAAACGCCUGGUGCAGAAGACACUUGUCUUCUAGCAGCUGGUUGGUGUGUAUCCCAUCGACUGAUUACCCCAUCCGAUGAACUUGAACUCAACUGACCAAGCCGGAAAAAGAGCAAUCAACACUUGUUCGCAAAAGAAAUACCGGUCCACGUGGCUCUACAAUGCACGGCAAGCACAUCCCCUGCGAAAGCGUGCUCGCCAGAGAGAGACAAGAGGGAAGGAGGACUGCGCAGCAGUGUGCUUGUUCUCUCUGUCCACCGCCACCUCCUCAUUGUCACCCUUCUUUUAGUCCUGCUCUUGUCGCCAACGCUGCUGCUCAUAGCCAUGACCCGCGACGCCUCCUUGAAUACAGCCUUGCUUAUCCUCAGCAGCAGCCGCAACAUGGGGGACGAUUGGAUGCAAAACAGUGUGUUCCAAUCAGGAUUGGCAACUGGUUAGCUGGAAGCCAUCUCCCGUCAGCAUCUCGAGAAGGAGAAGGAGGAGGAGGAGGAGGACGAGGAGGAGGAGGAGGAGGAGGAGGAAGGACAGGCGGAAGACCAGUUGCAGACAGCAGUCACAGUUCGCAAACAGCGAGCAGACACUGGUCGGCGACUGGGGUUUAUCCGCCACCCCCAUCAGUAGCACCUCAGCUGUACCCCCCCUUCCUCUAUGAUCCCCAUUACCGGGAGGGCGAACCUCACAGAUGCACGGAGCACAAACCGGGUGACGAGAGCGGCGACGAGGACGAGGACGUCGAAAAGGUGGAGCGGGAAAUACCUACAAAACGGCACCGGUGCAUCCAUUGCGGCAGAAAGGAGGAGGAAGAGGUGAAACAGGGGAAGAAAAAGAAGAAGAAGGAGAAGAAGGCAAGGAGGCGAAACGGAUCGCCUUCGGGUAAGAGGAGCGGCAGCGAGACAGGUGAAGGCGGGCGUGCACUAUUUCCACUCUUCUGGAAGAUAUGCUUGUUUGCGCUGUUUUGUCUCUUCGUUCACCAUCUUCUUUCACUCGCCCAGGGCUCUCGUCCGAGCGUACAAGUGGAUGAUUUCCAUCUGCAUAGCAUUGCCGCACACCGCAGGUGGGAGCCAGGUAAGCUGCGGCCCCGUGUGCUUCUCGAUCUCAGUUUCGAUGUUGUCUUCGCUAUCGAAAACCCUAAUUGGGUGGGUCUAGGUUUCGCCAACCUCUCAUCCGUGAUCAUUUACAGGGAGAGAGAGAUUGCCAAGGUGACGGCGCCUGGGGGCAGCGUGUGCGGCGGGUGUCGUCGGCUCCUACAUUCGCGAGUGAAUGUGACCGACGUCAGAAUGCUGGAGGUGGGACCGCAGCUACUUGUGGACAUGGCAAGGGGACAUGUGCUCAUCGUCAUCAAAGCCCAAAUCCACGGACGCAUCGAGAUUUUAUCCUGGAAACACCCCUUACAGGAUCGGGAGGGGAUCGGUAGGGCCUUCUUGUACGAGGACGAAGGCGGGAAAGGAGAGGGAGUGAAGAGCGGUGCGGAGCAGGACCAGGAUUCACAUGAAGAGAGGGAGAAAGAAGCGCGAAGGAAAGGGGAUGGAAAACAGUUAUGGGUUAAAGGAAGAAGGCGCGAGGGUGAAGAUGGCUUGGGAUGCAGCGGGAGGCGGGGGAAGCUUACAUGAAUGGUGCUGACGGGGAAACAAAAAGACACCGAAACAGUUACGCUUCGUCCAAUCCAACUCUAAAACUAGUUCAAGAUUUGAAAAAUUCAAAAGCAAUAUCUGCUCGCGGAAUUAGACACGCAAAAGCAAUAUCUGCACGCGGAAUUAGACACGGGAAGUCCUACGCCUAUUCAGAUUCUUUCGGAAAAUUCAUCAAGCUUCCAAGGCGGAUUUGGGGACACUCAUGUGCAAGAAAGAACACAUCAGCGAGAAGUUUGCCCACAAAUUCCGGAGCUCCCAACUGCUGAACAAAAUUCAAAGGCGAGC